UAUAAAAGACAAUAUCUGUUUUCGAAAAUGUGUAGUCUUAUUUCUAUACUCGCAAUAAAGAUAUUCAGUGAACUGUCUAACUAAUUGAGAAUGUCGAAAAUCAGACUAUGUUUUGUAUUUGCUUGCGCUUUUGCCGCUUUGUCCUUCGCCGAAGAGACGUACGCUCUUGGUGGUAGUAAGACCCUUAGUGGUUGGAAAUUGAGAGUUGCUGUAAAAGCUCUCGAAAAUUCCCUAAGUAAAUUGGCUGCUGGAGAUGGACCGAGCUAUAAAAUUUCAAAAGUUUACUCUGUUAGCCAACAAGUUGUAGCAGGCGUUAUUAACAAGUACAAUGUGGACCUAGUCAAUGGCGUUAAUGAAGUGAAGAAUUGCAAUAUUCAAAUUUGGUCGAGGGAAUGGUUGCCCAACGGAAAAGUACUCACCGUCAAUUGCGAUGGAGAGUCUAAAGUUGAGAUAAAAUACAACUAAACCCAAACAUAUGAGAAGUUGGUCAUAAACUCCAUCUUGAAAAAUUCAGAAAUUAAUUGUAAAUUUGCUUUUUCUAAUCAUAAUA